AUGGUGUCGUGCCGGGCGCUACGGCGGUCAGGGAGGAACUGGCGAGUCCGCCGCCGCUGCGCGGGGGGCGAGGGACCCGGUGGUGGGGGGCACAGGCUCCGCCCACCUGCCCCCACCACGGACGGCAGGCCUCUGUGCAAAAACGACGCAACCGCCGGCACCCGGCAGCCGGCACCCCGUGCGGUAAUGAGUGGGGGCCGGCACGCGCGCAGCACGCAGAUGCUGCGGUCAGACCCUCCCUGCCCUUCCCUCCCUCCGAGGGCCGAGGGCGCCCAGAGGAGGCCCCCUCCGUCAGGAGGGGAGGGACGUCUCUGGCAACUUGCUGUUCAUCAGCCCCAGGGCACCGGGCCGCAGCGCCUACCUACAACUAUAAAUGUAGUUUCAUCAUUUGGCACUCAUAGCACAAGCGGCGGCACGCGCCACGGCGCGCCGGUGGGUUUUUUAGCGGGCGGCCGUCUUUAUGGCUUUUUAAUGCCGCGGAGGAAGGGUAGAGCAGCGUCGCGUGGCGUGGCGAGGCGGGAACCCCGCCGUAAAAAGGCUGCCCGCGGCGGCCCGGCACGCGAACAGGUAGCAACCCUUUACACAAAAAACUCGGCGCCCGGCUCCGGGCCCGUCUCUCGCCACGCGCCACGCGCCGGCACCGCCGCAGCUGCGGCUCCACCGCACCUGCGGCACCUGCAGACAUCGCCGUCUGUGGAAAGUGAAACCUUACGUCCACCUGAGAGCCUGGUGGAGGAGCCUUGGCAUUCGCCAGUACAGCAGAGUGGUCGGUGUUACACCGUCGGUCUCAAGAGUGUCGUUGGAGGUCAGGCGGCCCCCCGCUGGCCGCAUCCGUCCCGAACUGGGGCACCCGCCCCCACGGCCGCCCCCACAGCCGCCCCCGCCCCCUCUGGUGACAAACUGCCUCGGCGGGCGGCGCGCCCUGCGAUACCAAAAGUCUCUCUCAACGGGUCGGCAUUUGCUGAACACCACAAAGGCUGCCGCAAGGACAUUAAAGAAAUUCUGUGUACUGACCAAGCAGGCGAAGGUGGUGAAGCGAAAGAUCAAAGUGGCCACUGA